AUGGACGAGCACGGACAGGUACCUAACCUCUACUCAGGCAGCAAUGCCUCUCCCGACCUUCCUAAUGACAACUUUACCAUUCGCUGGGUUUCAGGUGACCAACAGGACGCCAUGCAGGAUAUGCCUCCACCAAUCACCCACUCUUCACUCACACGACCGGGUGAAGAAGGUCGACUAGACGCCCUCACACGACAUGUUAAUACUCGGUCUAAUAACGUUCCCCAGUAUCCGUGCUCAUACUGCAAGCACCAUCAGGGGGCUAACGGGUUUCGCCGCCUUGACCACCUAGUCCAGCACUUGAAAGGCUUCCACAAAAUCGACACCGAAGACAAGCUGCCGAAGCAGAGGACAGGAGGCCCUCGUGCUGCUGUCGCUUCUGUGGCUGGAAGAGCAACUGUCGCCAAUGAAGAUAAUACUGGCGUUGUUUCGCUGCCUCAGAUUCCCCCUUUCCCUUGCACUGUCAUCGGAUGCAUCAAGGGGGGUGCAAACGGCUAUCUUCGGGAGAUGGACCUCCUUGAGCAUCAGAACAUGAUGCACGCUUUCAUGCUGCAGAGCGACAUGCAGUUCUAUCAGCAAGAUGGAUCUUCCCAGUUCCAUUUCUAA